AAAGCAUUGCAGUUUAUGGAUAAAAAAGAUCUUGAGUGUGCCAUCUGCCUCAACAGGUUUCACCAACCAAAGACACUGAAAUGCAUGCACACCUAUUGUCUACAUUGUAUCAAGAAAUGGGUGGAAACUCAUGGCAAGAUGAAAUGCCCAACAUGUGGACAAGAACAUGAUUUAACAAAAGAAGACCUAAAAAAGCUGGCUUCCAAUACAAUGAUAAGUCAACUACUAGAGUAUGUCAUGAAAAUUGAGGAUCAGAAACCGACUAAAUGCUCUUUCUGUGACAAUCAACCAUCAUACCACUGCUCAACAUGUCAGCUGUAUUUAUGUGGAGGCAACUGUAUCAAACAACACAAGGCCGUACCUUCCACUAAGCAUCAUCCACUUUACACAUUAGACAUAAAGGAACAGGAGGGCAAUCAAUGUCCAGCUCACUGCAACAACACACUAGAAUUUUACUGCACUACUUGUAACAAAUCUGCAUGUAAGCAAUGUGAACACAUUUUUCACUGUUGUCAAAAACAACAUGAAGUGAUUCCAAUGUCAACUGCUGUAGAUGAGUUUAACAAAGAUGCCAAUGAAAUUUUUAAGUUAGCUCAUGAAAUUGAAAAUAAAUUAACAGAAAAUCUACAAAUUUUAACUAAAGACAGAUUACAAUUUGAUUCCCAAGUAAAGUUAUGCAGAACAGCCAUAGAAAUUCAUGAAAAGAAACUUAUCAAGAAAGUUCAAGAGAAAAGCAAAGAAUUAAUAUCUGACCUUGACAAUAUAUACAAAACAAAUAAAAGAAAUUUCGAUAGUGAAAUUAAUGAUAUUGAUUCAAAGAUGACUCAAUUAAAGAAUCUAAUAGUUUCAAUCAAUUCAAUAAUGAACAAACCAGAAAAAACAAAAACUCUUUCAUCCAAAAAGACAACUAUAAAAGCUGUUAAAGACAAGGUCCUAGGAACUGAUUUUGAACAAUCCUUUCAACAGAGAAAUAUCAAACCAAAUUGUAUUCUAUCCAUGCAACUGGAUGAGUUGAUGAAUACCGAUGGCAUUGGUAAAAUCACAACUGCUGAUAGCAUGACAUACAAUGUUGCUGAAGAUGAUGAACAAAUUACUGUGACAAAAGGUCAACCAUUUGUAGUGAAAGUAUCAAGUCCAACAGAAACUAAACAAUUAGUUGCAACACUACUGAACUCAUCAGGUGAAGAAUCAGCAACUCAGAUAGAAUAUCAGGAAGGUAAAGAGUACAAAAUAACAGGUAGAUGCAAUGUGGAAGGUAGUUGGAAAAUGAAGAUCACAGUUGGCGCUGCAUACAUCAAAGGAUCUCCAGUGAAUAUCAAGGUAGAAACACUGGGACUUGUUCAUACCAUUGAUAACAUAUCAGAUUAUAAAGAACAUAAUAAAACAGAGACUGUGACAGAUGUAACGUUAGAUAGAGAUGGAUGCAUAUUAGUAUCAAGCUGUAGUAAAGAUAUAUUGAAAUUCAACCAAUCCGGUUCAUUUGUUGCUAGGAUACAGGUACCACAAGAUUUUAAGAUCACUUUCAUGCAUCCAACAGGUGAUGGUCACAUAUUGUUUAGUGAUGGAUUAGAAAAUCGUGUUGUAAUGUGUGAUUAUAAAUUUCAAGAAGUCCGCUCAUUUGGUAAAGGGAUGUUGGAAGAUUCAGGUCGCUUGACAUUCAACAAGGAAACUAGAGCCUUGUAUGUUGUAGAUUUUUGUGCUCACUGUAUUUAUAAAUUCAAUGUUGAUGAUGGUAGACAUCUUGGUACAUUAGGUUCAAAAGGUAAUGGAGUGGGUCAAAUGCUGUACCCAACAGAUGUUGCUUUGACCAAGGAAGGUCAUCUGAUUGUUGCUGACAAUGGAAAUCAAAGGAUACAGAUGUUUGAUGCAAAUGAUAGGUUUAUGACAACUUUGAUACACAGUGGUGAGGAAGAUGGUGAACUUGAUGAUCACAAUGAUGAAGAUGGCGAUGAAGAUGGUGAUGAAGAUGGCGAUGAAGAUGGCGAUGAAGAUGGCGAUGAAGAUGGCGAUGAAGAUGGCGAUGAAGAUGGCGAUGAAGAUGAUGUUAGUAGUAAUAUACUCAGUGCUUCAGGUCCUAUUGGUGUAACUAUUGAUUUUGAAGAAAAUAUUUUAGUAUCCUCAAUUAGUAAUCAAUUAAAAUUAUUUGAUAAAAACGGUGUCUUCAUAAAACGAAUUGAUCAUGCAGAUGAUGGAUUAGAAUUUCCAUGGGGAAUCCAUGCAAUCUCCGUUAGACCAAGAAGAGUAGCAGUAGCAGACUGCAAUGCCAACAACAUUAAAAUAUUCAAUUAUUAAAAUGACAUUGAAUUGCAUGAAUCAUAACAUCAUAACAAUGAUCUAUUUUAAUACGUUUACAUUAAUAUGAUUGUUUUUAUCAUGGAGGUUAUACAUAUAUAUACCAUGGGGAAUCCAUGCAACCUCCAAGACACCAAGAGCAGCAGUAGCUGACUAUAAGUGCAAACAAUGUUAAAACUUUCAAUUAUUAAAAUGACAUUUAAAUGCAUGAACCAUAGUAAGGAGUUUUCGAUGGACGACGUUAUCUUUAACGGAUAACAUCAUAAUUUAUUCAUCUUGCGUUGCGGAGUAUGUUAAUUUAAGAAUUUUUACGUGGUCGAUGUACGUUAGUUACGGGUUUGCGCAUGCGUAUUUUGAUUUGUUUACAAAAGGGGCGGGGCUAUCGCGCUGCAUGUUGGGUACUAACAUUAAAGUUAAGGUUAACGUCGUGCAUCAAAAACUCCCUAUUAUCAUUACAAUGUAAUAUACAUUUCAUAUCUAUUGUGGUACAUUUCAAUAUGAUUAUUUUUAUCGUGUAGUUUAUAUGAGGCUUGUCAUCCCAACUGUGUCUAAUUGUUAAACUGAGCAACCAGCAUCAAGAAAAGUCUCUUUAGCAAAGAGA